AUGUGGAGGAGAGAGGGUGAUGAGAGAAAAGAUUUUGGUGCACACUCCAAGGACUUGGUUUUUGGCAGUGAACAAUCUGAGGGUGGAAAUUCUGAGACUAGGGAACAAGGUGGCGAUAUGGUGGCUGAUCAGCAUUGCGAUGAGCAAUCUGAGGGUGGAAAUUCAGAGACUGGGGCACAAGGUGGCGAUAUGGUGGCUGAUCAGCACAGCGAUGGGCAAUCUGAGGGUGGAAAUUCAGAGACUGGCGCACAAGGUGGCGAUAUGACGGUUGAUCAGCACUGCGAAGAGCAAUCUGAGGGUGGAAAUUCAGAGACUGGCGCACAAGGUGGCGAUAUGACGGUUGAUCAGCACUGCGAAGAGCAAUCUGAGGGUGGAAAUUCAGAGACUGGCGCACAAGGUGGCGAUAUGACGGUUGAUCAGCACUGCGAAGAGCAAUCUGAGGGUGGAAAUUCAGAGAUUGGGGCACAAGGUGGCGAUACGAUGGUUGAUCAGCACUGCGAUGGGCAAUCUGAGGGCGGAAAUUCAGAGACUGGGGCACAAGGUGGCGAUAUGAUGGCUGAUCAGCACUGCGAUGGGCAAUCUGAGGGUGGAAAUUCAGGGACUGGGGCACAAGGUGGCGAUUUGAUGGCUGAUCAGCACUGCGAUGAGCAAUCUGAAGGUGUAAAUUCUGAGACUUGGGCACAAGGUGGCGAUAUGGUGGCUGAUCAGCAUUGCGAAGGGCAAUCUAACGGUGGAAAUUCUGAUACUGGGGCACAAGGUGGCCAUAUGGUGGCUGAUCAGCAUUGCGAUGGGGUAAAUUCUGACACUAGCUGUCUAAUUCCCGGGAUUAGUCGAGACAACUCCAUUAGCUGUCUCAUCCGUUGCUCAAGGUCCGCUUAUGGCAUGGCAGCUUCCGUGAACAGGAGCUUUCGUUCGUUAAUUAGGAGCGGCGAGCUCUAUAAAUUAAGACGCAUGAAUGGUAUAAUUGAGCACUGGGUUUAUUUAUCCUGCAACAUGUUGGAAUGGGAAGCGUUCGACCCCAAUCUCCGCCGUUGGAUGCGUCUCCCAACAAUGAAUUCUAAUGAAUGCUUUGUAUUUUCUGACAAGGAGUCUUUGGCAGUGGGCACAGAGCUCCUUGUGUUUGGAAAGGAUUACAUGGCUCAACUCAUCUAUCGGUACAGCCUUUUGACCAAUUCAUGGUCGACCGGAAUGCAGAUGAACGAGCCACGGUGUUUGUUUGGCUCUGCCUGCCAAGGGGAGAUUGCUAUUGUGGCCGGUGGUUGUGACUUGCAAGGAAAGAUCCUUAGCUCAGCUGAGCUAUACAAUUCGGAGACGGGAGAGUGGAAGCUUUUGCCAAGCUUAAACAAGGCCCGGAAAAUGUGUUCUGGAGUAUUCAUGGACGGUAAGUUUUAUGUAAUUGGAGGUAUCGGAGGGCCUGAAACAAAGCUUUUGACAUCUGGAGAGGAGUACAAUCUCAAGACGGAGACUUUGACUGAAAUACCCAACAUGUGUCCCCCCCGCACAGGUGAAACUAGGGGUAAUGCCUUGCCUACUACAUCUGAAGCACCUCCAUUGAUUGCAGUUGUAAAUGACCAAUUGUAUGCUGUUGAUUAUGCUGAAAUGGUGGUAAAGAAGUAUGACAAGGAUAACAGAGUUUGGUUUACGAUUGGAAGAUUGCCCGAACGUGCAAAUUCCAUGAACGGUUGGGGCUUGGCUUUUAGGGCAUGUGGUGAUAAGCUCAUCGUGAUCGGGGGACCUAGGGCUUCAGGUCCAGGGUUUAUCGAAGUGAACUCGUGGGUGCCAAGUGAAGGGCCACCCGAGUGGCAUUUACUAGGCCGAAGGCAAUCGGGAAGCUUUGUCUGUAAUUGCGCUGUGAUGGGUUGCUAAAAACGUGGUUCUUUGGGUGCUGCCAUGGAGGAGUGUCUUUCUAAUGGGUAAUCUAUAUCCCAAACCUUUAUUUUCUUUUUUAUUCAGUGAAUUAGUGGCAUAUUGGCAUGAUCUAU